AUGACCCAGUAUAUUGUCGACCAGCCAUUCUUGCUGGUCGUUGUUGCCGAAGUCGUAAAACAACUUGGCUUCCUGGUUGGGAAACAGAUUGUCAAAGCCUGCGCACGCUCGCACUUUGUCCAGGCCCUCCAGCCCCGUCCGACCUUCAGCCACCCAUGGCUAUUCAUCGGCGGUAUCAAGGAUGUGUUCAAGCUGGACAACCUGCCAAAAUGCUGGGAGGGUACCAGAGAGAAGCAACUGGUGGAGGUUCUGGUGUUUUACCAGGAUUCGAACAUGCCGCUUUCCCUGCCGCUGAUCAGCGAUGUUCAAGGCAACGAGCUCGUCGUUUGGUUCCAAGCCGAUCACUGCUCAAGUAUUCCCCGGAUUCCGCUGGUGGAGUUGCGACUACACAGGCCCAAAGAACAUCAAUGUCAACGCGCAGACCUUCGUGCCCAACUACCUGCGGCCGCAACCCUAUUGAUUCCCCCUUCCCCUGUGCCAUGUCCCCAUCAUCAAAGGCAGGUCGGUCACUAUGGUCAGACCAUUCACACCAAGAACUACACCCUCGGCAAGCAUCGGGAGAUCAUCCCGAUGUGUUCGAUGAAGGCGAGCUUCAUGCCGAACAUGGAGUUCGUCUGGCCGACCAAGGUCAUUCUGCCGUGGCUACGCUUUCGCGUGAGCUGGAGGGUGGGGCAUGACCGUCAACUCGGUGCGACUACCACUGUGUGCCCUUUGACGGGCAAGGAUGGAUGUACAGAGGAACCGGUCAGAGGGUAG